AUGCUGCAAAAAAACGCAAUGGCUUGCUCAAAUUUAAGAAACACGCUUUUGUUCCUCUUCAUUACAGCCAACCUUAUCCAUGCACCAUUCGCCUCUUAUCUCGAGAUCAAGAAGAAAUGUUUCCUAACCUCGAAAGUCACGGUUCACGUGGCCAACUUGCUAUCUGUGAACGAGCAAUUUCUACUGCACUGUCGGUCGAAAGACGAUGAUUUAGGAAUAAAGACGAUGGGUCAAAAUCAAGAAUUCAGGUGGACUUUCUGCACUAAUAUCUGGCACUCUACCAAAUUUUGGUGUACUUUUCAGUGGGGAAUAAAGCAUCAAGAGAUUGUCGCGUACGAGGAGGCAAUGAGGGAGUUCUGUAAACACAAUCACUGUUAUUGGUCUGCAAGAGAUGACGGAAUAUAUUUUUCCGACACUAAAUUACAUAACCACCACAACUUUUACAGUUACAAAAUGCAACGCUUCAUAUAUUUUAUGUACAACCAAAACUACCAAGAUCUCAAAAAACACAACAUCAUACAAAUACAUGCUGCAAAAAACGCAAUGGCUUGCUCAAAUUUAAGAAACACGCUUUUGUUCCUCUUCAUUACAGCCAACCUUAUCCAUGCACCAUUCGCCUCUUAUCUCGAGAUCAAGAAGAUAUGUUUCCUAACCUCGAGAGUCACGGUUCACGUGGCCAACUUGCUAUCUGUGAACAAGCCGUUUCUACUGCACUGUCGCUCGAAAGACGAUGAUUUAGGAAUAAAGACGAUUGGUCAAAAUCAAGAAUUCAGGUGGACUUUCUGCACUAAUUUCUGGCACACUACCAAAUUUCGGUGUAAUUUUCAGUGGGGAAUAAAGCAUCAAGAGAUUGUCGCGUACGAGGAGGCAACGAGGGAGUUCUGUAAAGACAAUCACUGUUAUUGGUCUGCAAGAGAUGACGGAAUAUAUUUUUCCGACACUAAGAAUUAUGAUUGGAAGUGA